AUGCGCGUCUCCCAGCUCUUGGUGGUGGUCGUGGCUACCUGCCUGCUUACCAGUGAGGCGCUCACGACCACAGCGGACCACCAAGCAACGCUCUCGAAAGUGGCUGUGGCAAACGGUCCAACCCCGCGGCUUCUGAGAUCCCACCGCGCCACUGCAGGCGUCUCCGAAGAAAGGGCCUUUGAACCGGCCCUGACUAUAGCCGAAAUGCAGAAAUUGAUGCUGGAAGGAGUGAACGAAGUCGACUACGCUAAACGUCUGGGGAUUACAGAACCAAUGGAGAAAGCCAUCAACGAAGGACAGAAGGCUGUGCUCAAGUUAACGAUGACCGACGAACACAAGAAAUACAUGACCUAUCGAUACCACUUAAUUGCCAAACGAAAGGCUGAGGACGAGGCGAAGAGGUUGGCGGAUCGCGCGGUGAGGUUGAAGGCGCUCAAGAAGGCCAAGUCCCGCUGGUCAACUGUGGCGGCUGUGACGAAGUUCUUUCGGAAGGCACACCGUUAA